AUGGCUACCCUGACGACGAGCUCAACAGCGCGAAUACUUCAUAAUCACGAGAAAUUCACAGUAACAAGACGCGCUGGCGGUUGUGCCUUCUUCCGACCUCCAUGUCCGGCGCGCAGAACUCCAAGAAUCGUUUGCAUGGCGGAACCUUUCUUGAUAGCAAAGCUUCAAUCUGCUGAGAAGACAUGGAAGGACUUAUCGGUCAAGCUUGCCGACCCAGACGUUGUUUCAAAUCCUAGCGAGUACCAAAAAUUGGCACAGUCAGUGGCAGAGCUUGAUGAUGUUGUGUCGACAUUCAGGAGGUUCAAGGAUUGUGAGAAUCAGUUAGAAGAGACAAAAGCUCUCUCAAAAGAGGUUGGAGAUGACAACGAUAUGGCAGAGAUGAUAGCAUCUGAAACUGAGUCUUUAUCUAGGGAACUCAAAGAGCUCGAGGAAAAGCUUAAGUUAAUGCUUCUUCCUAGCGAUCCGCUCGAUGCAAGAAAUAUAAUGCUUGAAGUAAGGGCUGGGACUGGUGGUGAUGAAGCUGGGAUUUGGGCUGGUGAUCUUGUUCGCAUGUAUGAAAAGUAUAGUGAGCAGAACUCAUGGAGGUUCUCCGCUGUGUCGAGCUCUGAGGCUGAAAAAGGCGGAUUCAAAACCUAUGUGAUGGAGAUCAAGGGAAAGCGUGUUUAUAGCAAAUUAAAGUAUGAAUCUGGUGUCCAUCGAGUUCAACGUGUUCCUCAAACCGAAACACAAGGUCGAGUCCACACAUCCACCGCAACAGUAGCAAUCAUGCCUGAGGUGGAUGAAGUUGAGGUGGUGAUUGAUCCAAAAGAUAUUGAGCUUUCGACAGCAAGAUCUGGUGGCUCUGGAGGGCAAAAUGUCAACAAGGUGGAGACAGCUGUAGAUCUUGUUCACAAACCAACAGGAAUCCGCAUCUUUUGUACCGAAGAAAGGUCACAAAUGCAGAAUAAACACCGCGCCUUCCAGCUUCUGCGUGCAAAACUGUACGAGAUUCAAUUAAGGGAGCAGCAAGAGAAGAUUAGGAGUCAGAGAAAAUUACAGGUUGGUACUGGUGCUCGUGCUGAGAAGAUUCGCACAUACAACUACAAGGACAAUCGGGUAACUGAUCACCGGUUAAAGAUGAACUAUGAGCUGACUUCUUUCCUUAACGGAGCAAUAGAGGAUGCAGUACAGGCUUGUGCAGCUAUGGAGCAGAAGGAGCUGCUGGAGGAACUGGCAGAGUCGGUAGCCUCACCUGUUAGCUGA